AUGAAUAAGUCAAAGGAACCCAGUGAGUGUGAUUGUGGCAGUAUAGUGGGAUGCCACCUUUGUGGGAAAUCAGUUCGUGAAAUUGAGAAUAUUCUACUGAAGCCUAAAUCCACUGUGAAUGGUGUAAUUUUUAAGUGGAAACGUCGAUGCAGUGAAACAGCAGAAAAACGAACUGGUAGGCCGAAAAAACUUGGUGAAACACUGGUAGGCCGAAAGAACUCUGAAAAGGGUAGUGAAACAAAAUCGCAAGUCCUCGUUGGUGGAAAUUUAUUUCCCAAGAAUUCCAAAGCUCAUCAGGCGUUAGUGUUAGCAGCAGGACUUGGUGCAGAGUUCACCGUCAUUGGACUGUGGACAUGUGGACAUGUUCUUUGGAGUGAUAAAUCUCGCUUUACAGUCUGGUGGUCUGAUGGACGCGUCUGGGUGUGGUGGAUGCCAGGCGAACGUUUCUUUAGUCACUGCAUUGUGCCAACUGUUAAGUUUGGUGAUGGAAGCAUAAUGGUGUGGGGGUGUUUCUCCUGGUUUGUCCUAGGUCCGUUAGUUUCUGUGGUAGGAAACAUGAACUCUGAGAUGUAUGCGGACAUUAUGGACAAUGCUGUACUCUCAACUCUAUGGCAAUAUUUUGAAGUAGGCCCAUUUCUCUUUCAGCAGGAUAACUGCUCAAUUCACACAUAG